UAGGCCCCACCCCUGACAUCAGCCAUCUCAGACAGGCAGCUCCCAGCCAUCCACACACACAUAGACGAGUUGGCCGUCUGCAGGGACACAUAUCAAACAUGGCUGCAGCGCUGAAGGACGGUUUUGAGAAGUUCCUGCACCAGAAGAAUGUGUGUACCGACCUGCUGGAGAAGAUCGAGGCCAAGACUGGAGUGAACCGACGAUACAUAGCCCUAGGCAUUAUUGGCAUCAUAGCUGUGUACUUGGUGUUCGGAUAUGGAGCAUCUCUUCUCUGCAACCUGAUUGGAUUUGUCUACCCAGCAUAUAUCUCAAUUAAAGCCAUUGAGAGUCCAAAUAAAGAUGACGACACGCAGUGGUUGACCUAUUGGGUGGUGUAUGGAGUGUUCAGCAUUAUAGAAUUCUUCUCGGAUAUCUUCCUGUCCUGGUUUCCCUUUUACUACAUGAUCAAGAGUGGAUUCCUGCUGUGGUGCAUGUCUCCCAGCCCACGUAACGGUGCUGAACUGAUUUACAAUAAAAUCAUCCGUCCAUUCUUCCUCCGACAUGAGGGUCAGAUGGAUCGCCUGGUGAAGGACAUUAAAGACAAGGCUUCCGAGACGGCAGACACAAUUGGGAAGGAAGCUAAACGGGCUACUGUGAACUUGCUUGGCGAUGAGAAGAAGAGCACCUAAGUGGAUAUAUGAAGUGGUUCCCUAUAAGCCUCUGUGUUACAUGGGACAAAGCUAUGGCCUAUACUCCUUUGGCAAGGGGGUCUGGAACACCGGCUGACCAAUCACUGGGGAGCUCGGAGUCUCAGGCCUCGCUGCUGCUGAGAGCUAUUAAUAUUGUUGCCUUGAAAUCUGUUUUUUGAUAUGAAGAUCAUGUGUUUCAGUAGUUGUACUAUUUUUGUUGUUGUCAAUAGAGAAGGUAAGCAUUUUUAUUUAAGAGGCAUCAAGUGUCCAGAGCUUAAAAAAGAUAAAUAUCAGUAUGGGAAAAGCUUUUAAAUGUAUUAUUGUCCUGUAUUUAAUGGACCUCAAUAAACAACGUGGCCAUACUGAGUACCUUGCCA